AUGCUAAGUGCGCAAAAGCUGCCCUUCAGCUUUGCGCAAAAGCCGGUGCCAGGCAUCGCCAUUCGUUGCCACGCCUACGUGAAGGAGAUGAGGGCGAAGGGCCACGAGGUCAUCGUCUUCAGCACUGCCUACGAAGCGUCCAAAGAGACCUCCUUCGACCAUCCCAACAUUCCAGCGGUUGUGAACCCCUUCAACUUGAAGAACCGCAUUGGCUACAACCCCGGAGUGAAGCUGGCUUGGUUUUUGGGAGCCCACACCUGGGACGUGGUGCAUUUGGUCUACCCCUCGCUCAUUGGAACCUUCGUGCUGACCACCUGCGCAUGGCGCCGCAUUCCGGUCUACUGCUCACAUCAUGUGGAGAUGAACAUGUUUGCCUACAAGCUGGUGCCGAUUAGGUGGGUGGCCAACUUCGGGCUGAAGGCGUACGAGAUCCUGGGGCUUUGGCCUGCUAUCAAAUGGGGCACGCUGAAUGCAGCCCCCACGCUCUGCUUCGCCAGGGAUCAUUUGGGCAAGGAGCAUGAAGAGAAGCUGAGGCGUGUGCCUUCAGGCACACACGACGUUUUCACCGUUAAGCCCAAGACGGCCACGGAGAGAAGAGAUACACGCCUCUCCAAGUUUGGGGUGGACAGCGAGGAUGACAAGGUCAUGCUUAUGGUCCAGCGCCUAUCGCACGAGAAGGGCACUGAGCGCGUCUUCAAGGCCUUCCUGCCGAAGGAGGAGGGUGGCCAGGGUCUGAAGGGCGUGCUGGCCAUCGCCGGGGAUGGCCCCGCCAUGGACUUCCUGGUCAAAGAAGCGACGCGGUUGCGGCUCAGAGUGGUCUUCUUGGGCAACGUGCCUCACCAGGAGCUGCCGCAGCUCUAUCGCUCGGCAGAUUUGUUUGUGACCAUGAGCCUCUCGGAGACCUUCGGCCUUACCUGCCUGGAGGCGAUGAUGUGUGGCUGCCCUGCGGUGAUGCCCUUUUGCUCUGUCUUCGAUGAGAUCUGGACAGACAAGACGCCCAAGGAGUGGCACUACAACAUCGAGUCCACCGACGAGCUGGCGGCCUCCAUCGCCGCGGCGCAGAAGUCGGGCCGCAAGUUCCUCGAGGAGCAUCCAGGCCAGCAAUGUUCCGGUCGCCAGUUGGACUGGGAAGUGGCUGAGUUGAGGGCCUUGCAGGGCAUGUCAGACUCGUCAGGCUGGGAGGUUGGCAAGGAUGCCGUGCUCAGCUUUGGACAAAUGGCGCGCGUCAAGGUGCUCUCCAAGGUUCUGCUGGCUGCGGCUGCAGCCUCGCUUUUGAGAUGGUCCACCUGCUUCGCGGCACCCCGGCGGGAGGCCGCUGCGGCGCUGGCCGCGGCCAUGGUUGCGGCGAACACAGCGCCAGCCAUGGCUGAGGUGCCAACGUUCUCCUUCUUCGGCUUGGGCAGCGGGCAGUCGGAUGCCUACUCCCAGAACGACAACCCCAUCAACCCCUAUUCCCAGUUCAGCGAUGGCUCGGAGACUGUCUACAAGGCCCGCAACCCGGACGAGGUGGACAGGAGGAAGAAGGCGCUCACCGCAGCCCUGACCCGCUUCGAGAACACACCGGAGUACAUCAAGACCAAGCAGGCGCAGGCCCUGAAGGGCAACCUGCUCCAGGCCGGCGGCUCCAUGAAGCAGGACAUGAUCUACUUCUCCGGCGAGGAGGGCUCGGCAGCCUACGCGAAGGCCCGGGAAUUCUCCCAGAAGGUCUCCACUCUGGGCGUGGACGGCGGCAACAAGCAGUGGGCUGCGGCCGCACAGGACUACGAGAAGGCCGCUGCGAUCUUGAGCGAAUGGAAGCAGCUGGCGCAGUUCUGA